CCGGGCCCGCGGGAUCGAUCUGGGCUGGCGGGUGAACAGGAGCCGGGGGGCGGGGAGCCCGGAGCGCCGCCCCGCCAGCGCGCCCCGCCCGUGGGAGAGGAGGGGCUGCGGCGCGGAGGACCACUGGAGGCGCCGCGCGGCCGCCGCUGUCCGCUCUGGAGACCGCAGCUCGGCGCAGGCGGCGCCGGUCCCUGCGCCUCCGGAGCCUCCGCCAGCCAGCGCGCCGAGCGGAUAGCACGGGCCAUCUCCCACGGCGACCUUCCGCUCGCCCUGCAGGUUCUGCUCCCUGCCGGGAAAACAGCUAACGAGGACAAUUAAGGCACCACCAGUGCCAACAGACUGGCGGACUGUGUCCCAGGAAUAGCAGAAGGCAUCUGAGGUCAGUUCACUAAGAAGCUAAUGGUGCAGGCAAGCUAGAAGACUUCGACACAAGGCAAAGGUGAUUUGGACACCCCAGUAGUAACCUGUGCUUUCCUGGUCCAGUCUGAUCUGUGUGAGAUGGACUAAAGCUGCCAUUUGUCCGGUUCUUCGUCUGGGAGUCGGAAGGAGGAUUGGGAUGGUCUCACGUGCACACCCCUAGACUAACUGCCGUGAUGAGUUCAGACGAGAAGGGCAUAUCCCCUGCUCAUAAAACAUCCACUCCGACCCAUAGAAGUGCCUCAACGUCCUCCCAGAGGGAAAGCAGGCAGAGUAUCCACGUUCUGGAGAGGACCGCGUCAUCAAGCACAGAGCCCUCCAUCAGCCGGCAGUUGCUGGAGCCGGAGCCCAUCCCCCUCUCCAAGGAAGCUGACAGCUGGGAAAUUAUAGAAGGACUGAAAAUAGGCCAAACCAAUGUCCAGAAACCAGACAGGCACGAGGGGUUUAUGCUGAAGAAAAGAAAAUGGCCUUUAAAGGGCUGGCAUAAGCGCUUUUUUGUCCUGGACAAUGGACUGUUGAAGUACUCAAAGGCUCCACUCGACAUCCAAAAGGGGAAGGUCCAUGGGAGCAUUGAUGUUGGACUGUCUGUCAUGUCAAUUAAAAAGAAAGCUCGGAGAAUAGACCUUGACACGGAGGAGCACAUCUAUCAUUUGAAGGUGAAAUCCCAGGACUGGUUUGAUGCUUGGGUCUCCAAACUGCGUCAUCACCGCCUGUACCGUCAGAACGAGAUUGUGCGAUCGCCAAGAGAUGCCAGUUUCCACAUCUUCCCCGCAGCUUCGACAGCCGAGUCCUCCCCGGCUGCUAACGUUUCUGUUGUGGAUGGAAAGAUGCAGCCCAACAGUUUUCCAUGGCAGUCCCCUCUACCAUGCAGUAACAGCCUCCCUGCGACCUGCACAACGGGGCAGAGUAAAGUGGCGGCCUGGCUGCAGGACUCCGAAGAGAUGGAUAGGUGUGCGGAAGAUCUUGCACACUGUCAGUCAAACCUUGUGGAACUUAGCAAGCUCCUGCAAAACCUGGAGAUACUUCAGAGGACCCAGUCAGCCCCGAACUUCACUGACAUGCAGGCUAACUGUGUAGAUAUUUCAAAGAAAGACAAGCGGGUCACCAGACGCUGGAGAACAAAAAGUGUCAGCAAAGAUACAAAAAUCCAACUGCAGGAAGGGCCACCUGCGAAGGGCCAGUUCAACACAAUUCGGCGCCGGCAGAGGCUAGCGGCAGCAGUGGCUACCACAGUUCCCUUCAGCGCCACCAUGUCCCCAGUGCGUCUGCAUUCCUCCAACCCCAACCUCUGUGCAGAUACCGAGUUCCAGACCCCUCCUAGCCACCUCACUGACCCUCUGGAAAGUUCCACGGAUUAUACAAAGCUACAAGAAGAAUUUUGUCUGAUCGCACAGAAAGUGCAUUCUCUUUUGAAGUCUGCAUUUAAUAGCAUCGCUAUAGAGAAGGAGAAGCUGAAGCAGAUGGUUUCCGAGCAAGACCACAACAAAGGCCAUAGCACACAGAUGGCCAGGCUCCGGCAAUCACUAUCACAGAGUGAAGGAGCCAGCAAGUCGUGGGCACUCAACCAGAAUGCUGAGCUCAGGAGUCGGCUGAACAGAAUACACUCAGAGUCUAUCAUCUGUGAUCAGGUUGUCAGUGUAAAUAUUAUCCCUAGCCCUGAUGAGGCCGGUGAGCAAAUCCAUGUCAACCUCCCUCUGUCACAGCAGGUGGCCAAUGAGAGCCGCCUCUCCAUGUCAGAAUCUGUGUCCGAGUUCUUCGAUGCCCAAGAGGUGCUUCUGUCUGCAAGUUCAUCAGAGAACGAGGCCUCUGACGAUGAGUCCUACAUCAGCGACGUGAGUGACAACAUAUCCGAAGACAACACCAGUGUCGCCGACAAUAUUUCUCGGCAAAUCCUGAAUGGGGAGCUCACAGGAGGUGCCUUCAGGAACGGCCGCCGCACGUGCCUGCCUGCUCCUUGCCCUGACACCAGUAACAUUAACCUGUGGAAUAUCUUGAGAAACAACAUUGGCAAAGACCUGUCGAAGGUCUCCAUGCCUGUGGAGCUCAACGAGCCACUCAACACUCUGCAGCACCUCUGUGAAGAACUGGAGUAUAGCGAGCUCCUGGACAAGGCCUCGGAGACUGACGACCCCUAUGAGAGGAUGGUUCUCGUUGCUGCGUUUGCCGUCUCAGGGUACUGCUCCACCUACUUCAGAGCAGGAAGCAAACCGUUCAACCCCGUCCUGGGGGAGACCUACGAAUGCAUAAGAGAAGAUAAGGGGUUCCGGUUCUUCUCAGAACAAGUUAGCCAUCAUCCACCCAUUUCUGCCUGCCACUGUGAAUCAAAGAACUUUGUGUUCUGGCAAGAUAUCAGAUGGAAAAAUAAGUUCUGGGGGAAGUCGAUGGAGAUCCUGCCGGUUGGAACCCUGAAUGUUACGCUUCCAAAGUAUGGAGAUUACUACGUGUGGAACAAAGUCACCACGUGUAUACACAACAUCCUCAGUGGGAGAAGAUGGAUCGAGCAUUAUGGUGAAGUAACCAUUAGAAAUACCAAAAGCAGUGUUUGCCUCUGCAAACUCACGUUUGUUAAGGUGAAUUACUGGAACUCCAAUGUGAAUGAAGUCCAGGGCGUGGUGAUAGACCAGGAAGGGAAGGUGGUGCACCGGCUCUUUGGGAAGUGGCAUGAAGGACUCUAUUGCGGGGUGGCCCCCUCUGCCAAGUGCAUCUGGAGACCAGGUUCCCUGCCAACCAACUAUGAGCUGUACUACGGCUUCACGAGGUUUGCUGUGGAGCUCAACGAGUUGGAUCCUGUGCUGAAGGACCUCCUUCCUCCCACGGAUGCCCGAUUCCGGCCAGAUCAAAGAUUUCUGGAAGAGGGAAACUUAGAAGCCGCUGCCGCAGAGAAACAAAGAGUUGAGGAACUCCAAAGAUCCCGAAGACGGUACAUGGAGGAAAACAACCUUGAACAUAUACCAAAAUUUUUUAAAAAAGUAAUUGAUGCAAAUCAAAGAGAAGCCUGGGUUUCUAAUGACACCUACUGGGAGCUUCGGAAGGACCCUGGGUUUAGCAAAGUAGAGAGCCCUGUGCUGUGGUAAACUGGAGGCGUAGAGGUAGCUACCAUACCACACUCCGGAUGAAUAAAUAACUAUGCACAAUUACGUUUCUUAUAGCUGCGCGUGGUUUCUGGGUCUACUGAAAACCUCCCAUUUGCUUUUCUAUUCAUCUUUAUAAUGGAUUUUCAAAAGUGCAUUAGACAAGGCUCCUAACCACUUUUGGAUCCUUUCUGUUUUGCUGCAACCAUAUUCCUUAAAAAAAAAAAAAAACACAAUUAAAAGAGAAAAGAAAAGAAAACCCAUGCCCUCCUCGGAAAGCAGACUGACAGAAGGGAGUAUAAAAUCCAAAGGCGGAAGAGUUGGUCAAGAAGAUCACACUGUAACCGGUGCUUCACGCGGAUCGGGGCGUGUAAGAUGACGGUACUGCUACACGUUUGGUCUGCUGGCUGAAAGCGUCAUCCCCUACCUUAGAGCUCCUGGGCCGGAGCGGUCGGUUAGUUCAGACCCGAAGUGUUUUUGGAUGUGGUGUGCUUGUACCAGCCUCGUCAAAAUAGACGUGAUGCUUCCGGAAACCCAUCCCAUCUUUACAUUGUUCAUGCCUUAAGAAAUGCAAAGAUGUACAA